CCUAAGUCCGGGUCAGUCUCGUCAGUCGGCCGGGGCUGGCGCGGUGCACAGCGGGCACUGUAGUUCCCGCCGCGUUUAUGGCCGCGUUAAGCCUGAGUGCUGCGUUGAGUUGUUGGAUGAAGUGAACUUCGUUUGUCAGCGGUUCAUGAACUGGAAUGUAAGAGGCACCAGAGGAUUCCUGCUCUCUCCCGUGGUUUGCGGCUUGCGACGUUGAACAUCCCCGGAUUGUUGUUUAAUAGAGAAAACUCACCUGCCUUCUUGCUAUUAAGUAACCCCAAAAGCAGAACUUUGAUUUGUCUGUAAGGAAGAAACACAAACCUUCUUUUAAAAAGCUGCACUUCGACUCUCCACUGCCGACCACCAAUCCCUUUUAUUUUGCUAUAGAAGAGGAUUUUUUUCCAACAUCUCUCUCACUAUCUGGUGCUGAUCUCACUGCAUAAUGACUUUCUAUUUGUUUGGUAUUCGAAGCUUUCCUAAGCUUUGGAAGAGCAACCCAUACCUUGGGCUAGGCCCAGGGCACUCUUAUGUCUCUCUCUCUCUUUCAGACAGCUGUGGCAUCAGGAGCCAACAGAGGUUGUUUUCUCUUAAAACAAUGUCUCCACAGAAUACCAAAGCAACGAAUCUGAUUGCCAAGGCCAGAUAUCUCAGGAAAGAGGAGGGCAGUAAUAAGCAAGUUUCUUCUGUUCCUCAUUUUUUUUCAGCUGGAGCAGCUAAGGAGAGAUCACAGAUGAAUCCUCAAAGUCAAGAUCAUGCCUUGCCAUCUGUGAGGAACAUUAUUCAACUCCCAACACAACCUUUGAAUUCAGAGGAGUGGGAUAAACUUAAGGCGGAUUUCAAAGGAAAGACCGGUUUUGAAAGAUUCAUCAUUUCACAGAUGGCUCACUCUCAUAGCUCUGUGGAUGUGGCUAAAUCUCUGCUGGCAUGGGUAGCAGCAAAAAAUAAUGGUAUCGUAAGUUAUGAUUUAUUGGUCAGGUAUUUGUAUCUCUGUGUCUUUCAUAUGCAGACAUCUGAAGUUAUUGAUGUCUUUGAAAUUAUGAAAACCAGAUAUAAGACUUUAGAACCUGGAGGUUACACUCUUCUCAUCCAGGGACUGAUCCAUUCAGACAGAUGGAGAGAAUCAUUGUUGCUGUUAGAGGACAUCAAAAAAGUUAUCACUCCUUCCAAAAGGAACUAUAAUGACUGUAUCCAGGGAGCUCUCCUUCAUCAAGAUGUAAACACAGCUUGGAAUUUGUAUCAGGAAUUACUAGGUCAUGAUAUUGUUCCUAUGUUGGAAACUUUAAAAGCUUUCUUUGAUUUUGGAAAAGACAUAAAGGAUGAUAAUUAUUCAAAUAAACUACUAGAUAUUCUUUCAUAUCUAAGAAAUAAUCAGCUGUAUCCAGGGGAAUCAUUUGCACACAGUAUAAAAACAUGGUUUGAGAGUGUUCCUGGAAAACAAUGGAAAGGACAAUUCACCACAGUCCAAAAAAGUGGCCAGUGUUUGGGCUGUGGAAAAACCAUAGAGUCUAUUCAGCUGAGUCCAGAAGAAUAUGAAUUUCUUAAGGGAAGAAUCAUGAGGGAUGUGAUAGAUGGAGGUGACCAGUACAAAAAGACAACGCCUCAGGAACUUAAGAGAUUUGAGAACUUCGUAAAAUCUUGUCCUCCUUUUGAUAUUGUAAUUGAUGGCCUCAAUGUUGCCAAAAUGUUUCCUAAAGCUCGGGAAUCUCAAGUUCUCUUGAAUAUCGUCUCUCAACUAGCCAAACAGAAUCUGCGACUGCUGGUCCUAGGCCGGAAGCACAUGUUAAGACAGAGUUUCCGGUGGAGAAAGGAUGAGAUGGCAGAGGUGCAAAAGCAAGCCAGCUGUUUUUUUGCUGAUAACAUCUCGAAGGAUGAUCCAUUCCUUCUGUAUGCCACACUGCACUCCGGGAAUCACUGCAGGUUUAUCACAAAAGACCUGAUGCGGGACCACAAGGCCUGUCUGCCUGAUGCCAAGACCCAACGCUUGUUUUUUAAGUGGCAGCAGGGACAUCAGCUGGCAAUUAUAAAUGGGUUUCCAGGAUCAAAACUGACCUUUCAGCAUAUUCUCAGCUAUGACACAGUGGUGCAAACAACUGGAGACUCGUGGCACAUACCAUAUGAUGAAGACGUGGUAGAAAGAUACUCCUAUGAAGUACCAACCAAAUGGCUUUGCCUCCACCAAAAGACAUAGAGACUGUUACCUCUAUGCUAAGUUUGUGUUUGGGUAUCCCCUGGGUUGGCAUCAGAGGCUCUUGAAUUGGUGUUUGUUUAGAGCAUUGCCUCUAUCCUGAGGAUAAAAUGAUUCUAUUAACAGUGUUGACGUUGAUUUUUUAAUGAAAUGAGAUAAAAUAUCUUUUCAUAACCAGCUGCAUUUUUUUUCCCCUAACAUUUGUUUUUGGAGGCUUAUCAAGAGUUGGAGAACUCAGUGUAGAGCAAAACCUACAUUUCUCCUACUGGGCCAGCUAUUCCACUUAGCUUGGGUAACAAGUAGUGCUUUUGUUAUCCAUUUUUUGCUACUUCUGACCUUGCCUUCCAGGCCUACCAAUAGCAGAACCAAUCCAUCUGUCCCUGAGAUACUCAUGUUGUUUCAAAUCCCUUCUCCCUCUUCUGACAUAGUCUCAUUCUCUAUAUGUUGUGCCCUAUCCACAUGGAAUCAUUUAUCGUCCUCUGUAAUAAACUGGCCAAGAUACUAAAGGCUUACUAUU